ACAUCAUUUCGUCUCUUCGUCUCCAACAAGUUAGGCGAUGGAUUAUUCAAGCUCAGAUCACAAUACCUCAAAUUUCUUGAAGGAAGAUAUCGAUUUGAUAUGUUCACAGAUUGAGGAUCAAAAGGAGCGGAUUAACCUCAAGAGAAGGUUCCUGUUGGGUCUUGAUAUGCCUAAAUCUGAGAAUCAUACUGAGUUUAAGGAAUGCGCAUUCCUCCCUGAAUCUUUGCUUAGGAAAGAUGAUAUCAUCUACGAGACUUUGAAGUCUCGUGUAGAAGAAGCAUUUGGGUUUCGCAAAGAAGGAGAUGUUAGCAACUCUGUUCAACAAAAGGAGACAGAGCUGAGCACUAAAGACGUUGUUGCAAAGCUCGACAUGUUUCUUGAUUCUCUGACGAACAUUGGUCUACGUCACGUUGCAACAAUAGUCACAGGAGGCUCUACUACUUCUUUUGAGGAGACUCCAGCUAAAAUGAAAAAAGUGAUCAAAGAAUGGAUCAAGAGUGGUUACAGAAAGAGAAAACACGAUACAGGAAAUGCAGACAUUGUUAGGCAGGUGAGCCAAGUUCUUAGUGAUCUCAGGAAUUACCGGGAAGAUUGCAGGAUGGAUCCGGCACCACCCACGUUUCAGUCUCAUGUUGAUGCUGUAAUGAAGACACUUAAUGAGCUAGAGCAAUUGUCGACUCAGGCUCUAAAAGCAAUGACAAGGAAACUCGAAGGCUCAAGAGAGAUACCUCGGUUAGGUACAAGUUACCGUCAUCUGAAAAGAAGUGAUCUUAUCAAAAAAGUGAGGAAAGCUAGCGAGAAGAUGCUUUCUGGAUUGUAUGCAGGGGAUAAAUUGCCGGAGCCAUUGGCUAAGGCCAUGUCUUUAGUUGAUUUAUCACUUAAGUUAAGCUCUGGCUACAAAACUGCCGCUGCUACAGAGUUUUGGCAUUUCUCACCAGAAACUAAGAACCUGCAGGAGGAGAUAGUGAAGGCAGUCUGGUUAAUCGGUUAUGAUGACAAAGAUAAAGAUGUAGAAGUGGUCAAGAUUGAAGAGCUGGAAAGAAUGUGUCUUAUCUUAGACCAAGAACACAAACUAUCAAAGAGGAAGUUAAGAUCAGCUGUGAAAAAAUUGUUGACUGAAUAUCUGUUUGAGUGCGGUGAUAUGGAUAUCAUUCCACAGUCUUUAAAAGAAGCUCUUUCAUUGGUCAACGAUGUUAAGCGGGAUGUCUUGUGUCCAAGGGAAGCAGUUGAGGAAGAGAUCGAGUCAAUAUUAAACGUGAGUGCUCAGCUGAAGCAGAUAUUUUGGGAAUGUUCUCCAGAUUAUGAACUUGAUCAGGACUUUGGUAAUGCGUAUAUGGAGGAGCUAGAAGAUAGUGAAGAAGAUGAUGAUGACACUCAAGACGAUGCAAUGGAUUCAACUUGUGCGGAUGAUAAAGAAGGUGGCGCAGAAUGCUCAGUUUUUGAUCUGGGUGCUUCUUCAUACACAGUUAACCAGCGUCGUAUCAGUACUUCUGUCGUUGUAAGAGACCUUGCAGAGAGUAGUGCAAGAGUUCAGCCUAGGUCUCUCUCUGUCACACCCACGUCCAAUAAAUCAACAAGUAUCAGUUAUGGACAUGACAUAGGUACGAGCAAGCGUGAUGUUCAGUCUAGCGCUCGUUCAUUGUAUUCUGUUGAAAACAUACAGAGUGAUGAUGAUGCUGAGCAUAGUACACUCAAAAGAAACAGAAAAAACCAGUACCUCGCAGUCCAAAAAAUUUGUGAUGAUACAAGCUUGUUUGCAUAUAACCUAAUCGGCCGCGUAGUAGAGAAAAUUGCUGAUCGAGAAGGCAUAGAGUUAAAAGCGGAUCAACGUUCAUAUCUUGCAGGCAAAUCAAGGCUUCAAGAAAAUGUAGAAGUGAGUGAACAAAACCAAGCUUCAUCGUCGCAUGGGAGGUCGGAUGAGUCGAUCUUUGUUUCUGCUGUCAAAGAGCUAAUGCCUUCCCUUGAUGAGAGUGUUUUGUUGAAAUUAAAAGAGUUGAUGGAAGGGAGCAAGGAUCAGCAAAGUUGAAAUCGAAAGUGGAGCAGCAAUGUAUUGGAGAAAGAAAUUGAUUAUGACUAUUAUUAAAGUUUAGUAUCAUUUUUUCGAAAUAGAAG